UUCUAUUCCCCAGUUCUUGAGAAAGGAAGUUAAACCUUAUCUUAGUUCAAACUUCACAGCACUGCUGCUAUAGGAGGCUACUACAAAAACAAGAUGUUAGGUGCUGCUGCAUUAGUAUUGCUGAUGGCAGGACUUUCUGUCUCUCUGAAUUGUCCUGAUGGAAAAUACUGUCCUGAUACCUCCACCUGCUGCAAGAGUGAACGUGGGUAUGGGUGCUGCCCUUAUCCACAUGCAGUUUGCUGCCCGGACCUGUCUCACUGCUGCCCCGAGGGCUUCCAGUGCAACAUGCAGACUCAGAUGUGUGAGAAGUCGGGGCUGCAGGCCACGGCUCCAAUGCUGAUGAAGGUGCAGGCAGAAGAGCCCAGCAUCCCCCUUGUUCCCCUGGGCGGUGCCUCUGCUGGAGGAGAGAACGCAGGGAGUCUGGUGGUGCGCUGCGAUGCGACAUACGCGUGUCCCGAUGGAAUGACGUGCUGCCAUCACCCUGCGGGGGGGUGGUCCUGCUGUAUCUACUCACCUGCUCAGUGCUGCCUGGAUGGUUACCACUGCUGCCCGUACGGCUACCAGUGUGACAGGACCUACACCCACUGUCUGAGGGGAGGGGUGCCUUACCCGUUUCUCUUACACAAGCCUGCCGCCACAGUUAAGCCCACUAAGGCUCCUGUGGUGGAGCCCAGGAUGUCACCGGAGGAUGAGUGAUGUCCGUUAGGCCGGGGCAAUCCAACAACACACCCCCCCCCCCCCCCCCCCCCCCCCCCCAUGAGACGGGGCCCCACCCACGAUUAUGACGCCACCGGCCCAUUUGGAGCUGCAGCCUAUGUAAUAACCAAGAGUCAGGGUGCAAUGUGUCCAUGAGCGAUUUUUGGUUGGUCAUAUUCAAAUAAAAAGGAUUCAAAUUUU